CAUUGUUUUGGAGAUUCCAAUUGAAAAAUCCAUUGUUGUCGCGAAAUUUUUAAUCCGGGGAUUUAAAAAACAUCACAUGCUCGGUCGGGGGAUCGGGUGCUUGUGCACAACACGCAAAUAAACUGCAAAUUCCAUGAUCGGACUCUCAAUCCCAGGUUUCUUACUUUUUCCUAUUCAAAAUUGUUUCUACUCGUUACAAGUACAUUAUAUGGCAGAUUGAAGAGUUCGCAAAAGACAACGCGAGUACGACGAGGAUAAAGGAGAUUCCCACCCGGAUAACUUUUUCCAAAAAUAGGUGCAUCCACGGCAGUCUGUGAUUUAUAGGCCAAAUAUGACGUACGUUUAUAGCCAGCGGUCUUUGAUGGUCCUGUCUUCAUUAGGGAUCCUGUCUGGGAUUAUGUCUCUGCUAUCAGUCAUUCUGAUUUUCCAGAUACAAUCACAACAGAUUGCUGUGAAGGAAUCUCCCCCCAAAAUCUCCAUCAUGCCAACUAAUGUUUGGGAAGUGCUGAUGCCAGUGUCUACAGUGCUCUCUACUCUCUCUCUCACGCUCAAUUUGAGCUCCGUCAUGGUCUGCCUUCUGCAUAGCUACUUUACAACCGAGAUAUGCAGAGGAGAAGAAGAUACAGAAAGAGCAGACUGGUUCCUAUUGCAUAGCCAAGCUGUCCGACAUGUGGCCAUUGGAUUAUUUUGCCUUGGGGUUUCAGUAUACUUAGCAGCUAUGUCCAUCUACAUGCUGCUGGUGUUUGAGGUAGAGACAGGCAUCGCCAGCGCAUGCGUACUGGCCUCAGGCAUCCUGAUUCUGCUGGUGAUCGUGAUUCACUCACUGGUCAAAGCUGCCCGCACCGCCCAACACUACCACGGUGGGGAGUACACUGACACCCUGUAUCAGAACCAGCACAGCGGGUGCACCCCCGCCGUCCGCCACGGCGAGCUCCAAGACGGGGACAAACCCAGGAGGCACCGCAACAACUCCCAACUCCACCGACAGUUGUCCUACCCUCCAUGUACUGACCCAAAGCAGCAUCACCAGCAUCAUUCCCCAUCCCACGUCCCACAGAGCCACGGCAGUGACAAGGAGGGCUACAGUAGUGGUGGGAGUGGGGGUGGCUCGAGAAUGCACAGGACCCUGUCGACAGAGUCAGGGCCGCUGCAGUCUCCGUCUACGCCAUGGAAUGGCAUUAACAAUGAGAUGAGGAGCGUGCUGGCCCGCAAGUCAGGAGCCUCCAGUAAAGACUCUACUCUAGUGUGAGAUACACUGCACAAGUCAUCGCAGUUAGCACAAUACUAGUUAAUUCUGCCCAAACUAUCUACCGUUCCGAAGAAUACAGUAUGGAUAGAAAAUAGCUGAAGCUAUAUAAAAGCUCUGAGCUAUCCCUCCAUGAUCCAAGAACCACUACUACCAUUAAUGUACAUUUCAAUACAGACAUGGAAUUGUCAUUUUAAUACACCUUUCUUAACAUCCCUCUCCCUUAUUGCCUUUGUAUUGACUUUUUAAACACAAGCCAUGUUUGUUUCCAUCACUAUUAAGCUCUCUGUAGAAUGUUUACUUACUGGUAUUCCAAUGGAAAAUGUUAGUGACUUACUAGCUACAGCUAAUGCUUUUGUUGCUAUGUGAUUAUACAAUUUAAAGAUUUGCCAAUAAAUGCUUUCAUUUUCAAGUGUUUGGUAAAGACCAAGGAUGGUCUAUGGAAUAUAUUGCCCAAACUGUAUAUUGCAAUGUAUAGAUACAAUUUGUAGUCUAGUCUGCAUACUGUAAACAAAACAUUUUCCAUAACAGUGAAUAAACACGUUUUUAAAAAUAAUUUCAAAAGAUGAGUAUGUUGUUACAAAACACCCUGUCCUAAAAAUAAAGUGGAACAGUUUAAGUAAACCAGUAGCCUAAUAGCACAUUCAGGUUCAUUCUAGUGCACUUUUCUUGAUUUUGAAGUGAGUGCCUAGAAGUCCUUGUGGCCGAGUUAAAGCUAAGUAUAGCUUUGAGUGUGA